AUGAUAGGCCAGCUAAGGGGCACUUGCCCGCCUAGCGGGCGCCUCCGCAACGCCACGGAGCUCCGCACCGCGCCCACGCCUCGGCUUCCGGCGCCACGCCGCGCCUUGGCGGCUGUGCGCGCUGCCGCGGACGAAGGGCCGCAGGACGAGGCGUCGAGGCCCCGGCCCCGGCGCACAAGCAUUUUGAGGAGGAGCGCGCCGAGGGCGCCCCGGAAGGAGGCGCGCGUGGCGCCGAGCAAGCCCGCCGGGCGGCCGGUGGCGAGGGACAGUUCGGAGGCCGAGCCCUCGGGGCGGGACGUCGCGGUCACGUUCGAGCUGCGGCACCCCACGGAGUGGGGUCAAUGCGUGCGGGUGAUUGGCUCCGUGGCGUCCCUCGGCUCCUGGGAGCUGUCGAAGGCGGCCACUAUGACGUGGACGGAAGGCCACGUCUGGAAGGCCGCGAUCAAGAUGCCCGUGGGCUCUGUCGCCGAGUACAAAUACGUCGUCACGGAUCCCUCUGGCAAGCAACCAUUCUACUGGCAGCAGGGCAAUAACAGCGUGUUGGCGCUGAACUUCAACGACAAGGAGGUCACCGUGAAGGACAACUGGGCUGCAGCUCCUGGAGCUUCCCUCGUGUCCGGCAACGAGCAGACGACGCGCGAGAACCGCCUCGCGGCGUGGGCGAACGAGAUGCACACGACCAUCGCAGCCCAGCGCCGAGACCUCAGGCAGGCGCGCAUGGAGCUCGUCCAGGUCAAGGAGGAGGCCAGGCGGGCCAAGGACCUCGAGGCCGACCUGAACCGCGAACGCACGCACCGCAGGGAGCUGGAGACGGUGAACAAGCAGCUGCUGCAGGACAACGCUGAGCUCCAGGCCGAGGUGAGCAUGGCCCGGUCGGAGUUCCAGGAGGCGCUGCGGAUCGCGCAGGACAUCCUGGUGGAGGACGAGGACGAGCUGGAGGCGGCGGAGGUCGAGGAGGCGGCGGAGGAGCCCGCGUCCCGGCCUGGGGUGAUUCAGGACGUGCAGGUGAAGACGUCGGACAUCUACGACACCAUCGGGCGCGACGGCGGGUUCAUCUGGGCAAGCACGGACGAGGACACGGACGUCGUCGCCGCGGAGGACGACGGCCAGGACAUCACGGCGCAGACGGCACCGCCGCCGACGUCCGGCGGUGUGCUCGCGGCCGAGGAGGCCAAGGCGACCGAGAAGCCCGCGGAGGAGAGCGGCGGCAGGAGGCGGGCGGCCGACAUGUGGUGGAGCAGAUCCGUGUCGGCCAGGACGCGCUCGCAGGACGCGUAA